UCCCCGAAACCAAAACACAACAAGCUCUGGAGAAGCGGCGAAAGGCACGGCGGGGCGGGCGGACUCGCGGCAGCGCUGAGCCUGGGGAGGCUGAUGCAACUUUCCCUUUAAGAAAGCCACCUGGGCGCACCGCGGUGCGGACCCAGCACGCCUGGGCCGGGGGCUGCAGCAUGAAGAACAAAGCUACGAACAGGACCCCCUUAAAAGAACACUUCAAGAAGCAGAAGCCGACCUUGGUCACUGGCAAAAGGAAAUGGUGGCAGAUUACUUCCCUUCCCAGCCCUCUCCUGAGAAUAGGAGACCAGUGGCCUGGGCAAAGAGCCUAAUGAAGUCAGAGGCUGAUUUGCAUAGCUCUUGAGGUCUAUCUUCUGAGAGGCACUUGAAGCAGAGUCUACAAGUGUGGUCCAGGUCUCCAGAUUCCCCAACCCACUGCCACCAUGGUAGGAAAAGGUGCCAAAGGGAUGUUGAAUGGUGCUGUGCCCAGCGAGGCCACCAAGAAGGACCAGAACCUCACACGGGGCAACUGGGGCAACCAGAUCGAGUUUGUACUGACGAGCGUGGGCUAUGCCGUGGGCCUGGGCAAUGUCUGGCGCUUUCCAUACCUCUGCUAUCGCAACGGGGGAGGCGCCUUCAUGAUCCCCUACUUCAUCAUGCUGAUAUUCUGCGGGAUCCCGCUCUUCUUCAUGGAGCUCUCCUUUGGCCAGUUCGCAAGCCAGGGCUGUCUGGGGGUCUGGAGGAUCAGCCCCAUGUUCAAAGGCGUCGGCUAUGGCAUGAUGGUGGUGUCUACAUACAUUGGUAUCUACUACAACGUAGUCAUCUGCAUCGCCUUCUACUACUUCUUCUCCUCUAUGGCUCACGUGCUGCCCUGGGCCUACUGCAAUAACCCCUGGAACACUCCAGAUUGUGCCGGUGUGCUGGAUGCUACCAACCUCACCAAUAGCUCCUGGCCUGCUGCCCUGCCCAGCAACCUCUCCCACCUGCCCAACCAUACCAUGCAGAGGACCAGCCCCAGCGAGGAGUACUGGAGGCUGUAUGUGCUGAAGCUGUCAGAUGACAUCGGGAACUUUGGGGAGGUGCGGCUGCCCCUCCUGGGCUGCCUUGGUGUCUCCUGGGUGGUCGUCUUCCUUUGCCUCAUCCGAGGAGUCAAGUCUUCAGGGAAAGUGGUAUAUUUCACGGCCACCUUCCCGUAUGUGGUGCUGACCAUCCUAUUUGUCCGUGGCGUGACCCUGAAAGGAGCCUUCACGGGUAUCAUGUACUACCUUACCCCACAGUGGGACAAGAUCUUGGAGGCCAAGGUGUGGGGAGAUGCUGCCUCCCAGAUCUUCUACUCGUUGGGCUGUGCGUGGGGUGGCCUCAUCACCAUGGCGUCCUACAACAAAUUCCACAACAACUGCUACCGGGACAGUGUCAUCAUCAGCAUCACCAACUGUGCCACCAGUGUCUAUGCUGGUUUUGUCAUCUUCUCCAUCCUUGGCUUCAUGGCCAGUCACCUGGGUGUGGACGUGUCCAGAGUGGCUGAUCAUGGUCCUGGCCUGGCCUUCGUGGCUUACCCUGAGGCACUCACGCUGCUGCCCAUCUCCCCCGUGUGGUCCCUGCUCUUCUUCUUCAUGCUCAUCUUGCUGGGCCUGGGCACACAGUUCUGUCUCCUAGAGACACUGGUCACAGCCAUCGUGGAUGAGGUGGGAAAUGAGUGGAUCCUGCAGAAAAAGACCUAUGUGACCUUAGGCGUGGCUGUGGCUGGCUUCCUACUGGGCAUUCCCCUCACCAGCCAGGCAGGUAUCUACUGGCUGCUGCUGAUGGACAAUUAUGCAGCCAGCUUCUCCUUGGUCAUCAUCUCCUGCAUCAUGUGUGUGUCUAUCAUGUACAUCUAUGGACACCGGAACUACUUCCAGGACAUCCAGAUGAUGCUGGGGUUCCCACCGCCUCUCUUCUUCCAGAUCUGUUGGCGCUUUGUCUCUCCAGCUAUCAUCUUCUUCAUUCUCAUCUUCACGGUGAUCCAGUACCGACCAAUCACCUACAACCACUACCAGUACCCGAGCUGGGCUGUGGCCAUCGGCUUCCUCAUGGCCUUGUCCUCUGUCAUCUGCAUCCCGCUGUAUGCCUUGUUCCAGCUCUGUCGCACAGAUGGGGACACUCUUCUUCAGCGAUUGAAAAAUGCCACGAAACCAAGCAGAGACUGGGGCCCUGCCCUGCUGGAGCACCGGACUGGGCGCUAUGCCCCCACCAUAGCCCCCUCUCCUGAAGAUGGGUUUGAGGUCCAGCCGCUGCACCCAGACAAGGCCCAGAUCCCCAUCGUAGGCAGUAAUGGCUCCAGCCGCCUCCAGGACUCCCGGAUAUGAGCACAGUUUCCAGGGGAGAGGCCCCACCCCACCCCUGGUCCCACCACAGAGACUGGGGAGGCAAUGGACAGGCUGUCACCACCUGCCCCCUUCUCAUGUCCUGCCAAGACAGCUGCUGUCACCUUGGCCACCACUGCUAGUGAGUCAUUCAUGCUCGUGUCCCCAGUGUUUACAGUUCCUUUGGAUGCCAAGAUGGCAGCUGGGGGUGGGGAGGCAAUGGGAGGAUUGCUGGGGGGCCCAAAGCACUUUGGAGGGGUCUCAGGCCAAGUCCCCAGAGGCCUGCCAGGCUUUACGUGGCCUCUGAUCCCCUCACACUCUACCCUUGAGCUGUCCUCCUAGAGGACCAGAUUCUGGGUCCGCCCCCCCAUCUGUUCCCCUCUUUGGGCCUCCAGCCUCAUGACCAGUGUUCCUGAUGCCACAGCAGACCCCAGCCUCUGCUCAGGCCAUUCUGUAUCUUCCUUCUUGGGACAAGGGGAGGGGCUGGGGGCGCUUGCAGUGUUACCUUUCAGACCAUACCACCCAGCCCUGUUUUAUCUGUGUAAUUAUUUUUGUAAAAAACUGUUUCACCUGUGGUUGCCAUCCCCACCCAGCCUUGGGUCCAGUCUGUCUUCCAGGCCUGCUUGCACCUCAUUCUGCUGCUCCAGGGUCUUUGCCCUUCCUUUCAGCCCUGGCUGUCAGGCCCAGCCAGCAGAUGCCAAGACCCAGCAGCCUGCCCAAAGUUCUUGUUUCUGGAGGGAAGGGGCGGGGGCUGCCCAGCACAAGGUUUGAACCCAGAUCCCUGGGGAAGGGACCCUGCACACCAACUCCUUGCCCCCCCCCCCACCAGGAUGAAGGCCCAGUCAUCCCAGAUGUGUUGCCCCUGUUCACGUGCCAAAUGGCCCCAGCCCGUGUGCCCGUCCCCUCUCCACAGCCGGAGUUCCUUCUCCUGAGCCCUGCAGUGUCCGUUUGUCCAUCCUCUGUACCCUCUGCUGUGACAGCCCCAACCAAGCCGCCUCCAAUCCUCCGUAGCAAUAACGGUGCGCCGCCCACUGUUGCCCAUCGUGCACCACUAGGAUUUUAAAGUCCAUAGAUUUUAAUGAAAUUUCGAUUCCUGUC